AUGAUGGUCCAAGUGCUUGGUCCUGCUCAUAUUCUUCCUCAUGGCCGCGCCACAACCACAACACCCCACCAAGCAAGCAAUGUCAAUCACGUCUCCAAUGCAGUUGGGUGGAUUCUAUACCAUGGUUCCGAAGCAGCUCAUUCUCAACAGCAUCACCUUCUGGUUUCCAUUAGCGACAUGAACGAGAAGCUCCUUGUGAACAAGUCCCCAAAUCAGCCUUGGCAACCAGCUCCAACAAGCGUUCAGAUUUCAGUGUCCACAUGCUCUUCCCCAGAUAUCGAUAUGAUGUAUUGGUAUCAAGCCCUUAUCAUCAACAUCUUCUUUUGGUGA